UUCCGUGUUCUACUCAACACCUUAACUCGCUCAACUCUAUACUUGGGUCUAAACUGGAGAAUCAUGUUCAAGAUUCAAUAUUUAUUUAGUUCUGAGUUAGUAAUUAUUUCUUUAGUAAUAGGAAGAUAAAGAAAAUAUUUAUUACGCAUACUUAACUAAUUGAUAAAACAAACCGUCUUGUAUUUAUGUGGUGUGUUUAUUACAAACUGAAAAUAUGACGGACAUUUAUAUAGCUGUAGUAUGUUCGUCCAAUAUGAAUCGUAGCAUGGAAGCUCAUGCAUUCCUCGUCAAAAAGGGUUUUAAAGUUAAGUCGUUUGGUACAGGCGAGAAAGUGAAAUUACCUGGGGCUUCUGCUGAUAGGCCGAACUGUUACGAAUUCGGCGUUCCGUAUGAUGAUAUUUACAAUGACCUAUUGGAAAAAGACAAGAACUACUACACUCAAAAUGGGUUAUUACAUAUGGUGGAUAGAAACAGAAGAAUAAAACCCUCGCCCGAGAAAUUUCAAGUGUCUACUGAACGUUUUGAUGUUAUAAUAACUUGUGAGGAAAGAGUGUAUGAUCAAGUAAUAGAAUGGUUUGGAUCAAGGAGGUCUGUUUACAACCAGCCUGUUCACGUAAUCAACAUUGAUAUUCAAGAUAACCAUGAAGAAGCGACUAUUGGUGCAUUUUUGAUUAGUGACAUGGUUACAAAAAUGGCUCAAAGUGAAGAUUUGGACAAUGAUAUUGAUGAAUUGUUGCAUGAGUUUGAAGCUAAAUGCCACCGGGCGAUAUUGAACUGUAUAAUGUUUUACUGACAGUUAAAAUAUUCUAAGACUGAUGGGCUGAUUAUAUGUUGACAAUUUUAAUAUUAGACUGUGUUGAAAAGUUAAAUAUGACUAUUAAAUAUUUCAUCAAUUUACAUGCAAAAUGAUAACUCAUAUAAAAGUAUAUCAUCACAUUAUGCCUAAAAUAUUAAUAAGAAUAAUGAAAGUAAUAAUACCAGAUACCCUGUAUUAUAAUAUACUGCACUCUGCUGAGCACCAGCCUCUUCUAAUACUUGUGGAUUUUAGCCCUUAGUCCAACAUGUUGGUCUAGAGCGUGUUGGUAGGCUUCACACACUUUUGGAAUUAUUUAAAUUGUGUAAAUGUUGAUUUAUAUAACUCUAAUACAUUAACUAAUGUAGAUACUUUAAUACUACAUAGCAACUCCACAGUAAUAUAUUGACUUUGGUAGAAUUUGAAGAAGAAUAUACACAUAGAAUUGAGAUAUUGGAUGGAAUCACAUGAAUUCUACAAUAACAAAGAUUAUUGUUUUAAAUGAAUUGUUCUAUUCUUAAUUAGUAAAUUUGAAAAAAGUAUCUUGAGGUAGUUAUUUGUUUUGUAGCGGAAUAUUUUGUGUUAAGAUUUUAGACAUGUUGAGAUGAUUUCCUUCAAGUUAUUCAUAAUUGUAAAUACCAUUCUAAAUGACAUCAUUUGAAUACUGUUUUAAGUUGGUCACACCUAUGUUAAAAUAAAUAAAAUUAAUUGUUCCACCCUAUAUUGUUACUGUUACAAAAUGAAUGGUUAGAAUACUUUAUAUAUGCUUCAUCAAUAAUUAUGAUUAUGCAUAUAUGUAGAAUCCACAAAAUUCUAUGAUUCCAUUGUUUAAGACUGACUUGCACUAUGAUUCCUCUGAUUCAAAUUUGGACACAAAAGAUGUAUAAAAUAUGCUGUCAAUCCCGACUUGCAAUAGUUGUUAGUAACUGCAAAAUAUUUGCUUUAUCUCUAAAUCACUUCAGCCAUUACUGAAUCAUUGUACAAGCUAGGCUUAACAUAGUUGUUUUGUAAAUUUAUACAUGUUUGAUAUUACCUUAAAUGUGCUGCCUUUUUAAUAUAAUUUGAUUAUUGCAAAUGGUAAUAUUUGCAUUUAGCUAACAAUA